CAUAAAACUCUACAGAACUGGUGGUUGUCCUCGUACCAAAAAGUGAGACAGAAAAAGAGAGGGAAAGAGUUGUUGUAAUGGUAGCUCUGUAAUGAGUUCAUUAGGGCAAAGCAUAUUGAUGGCACUGACUGUUACAGUGAACAGGUUUGCUUCAUCAAACGUCCAGGCAGUCCAUAGAAGAGAAAGGAAAAGACCAACUGCCACCACCACCUCAGAUAUAGGAAGGAGAGGCCUCCUCCUCUUAUCCACAGUGGCUGCUGCUCCCCAAGACAGUGCCUCCAGGACUGAGCUUCUUCAAAAGUAUCUGAAGAAGACAGAGGAAAACAAGGCCAAAAAUGACAAGGAGAGGCUGGAAAGUUAUUAUAAGCGGAAUUACAAGGACUACUUUGAGUUCGUGGAAGGAUCUUUGAAGGGGAAAGAGGAGCUCUCAGAAUCAGAAAAGGGUAUUCAUGAUUGGCUUCAAAAUAACAAAUGAAACUAUUAUAAGCUGCUUAAAAGAUGUUCUUGGUGACAACAAUUGAACUUUACUGCAUCUUUUAUUAGACCAAUGUGAUGGCUGAUGGGAUAGAAUUUUAUCUUGGGUUCAUGGUAUGCCAUUGUCAAGUUGAUCUGGUUCCAAUAUUAUUUGGCUCACAUUCGAAUUAUAUAUAUAUAUGUGAGUACUUCCAA